AUGAAAGAUAUCAAGGCCCAGCAGUCAAAGCCCAAGUCUAACGCCAAGUCCAGACAAACAGGCGAGCACGGAGCAGCUAGCGGGUCUCCUGCGGGGAAUACUCUAUCUGAGAAGAGCAGUGUCAAGAAGAAGAAGAAGACUCCUCAGGCUUCCCCAGGCAAAGGAUCCGUCACCGUGGAAUUUGCUACUCCGUCGGAUGGCAGGAGAGGUAACAAGAAAAACGGGAAGCCGGAAAGCGACGAAAGUGGCCAGAAGGAUGGCGGCUCAUCGCGUAGGAGGAAGGGCAGCAGCCCAUCGCUGCCGAUUUCCAAGAGGUUCGAGUCUGACGAGGAGGCCAGGGAAUUUGCAAAGACCCUCAGUUGGGAGAGGUGCAUGGUGAUAGAGAAGAACAGCAGCCUCGAUCUUGCAGAGCUGCACCUGAUGUGCACAAACAAUGGCAGCUACUUGAGCUACGUCUCCGACAACUACAUCUUCUACGGCUUUCCCAGGUCACAAGAGGUGAACAUAGAUAUCUACAGGCGCUCCAUGUCCGACACAAACAUGUUUCUUGUCUAG